AUGAUUUUCGAGGUAAAAGAGCAAACGGACGCCUCCGAUUUGCAAUGCCGAAUGCAUCUUAUAUUGGGUUUUGAGGCAAGAGGUACAGUUUUAGCACAAAGACUGACAGCUUGGAAUCAUUUAAUAGAAGCUACAAAAGGAAGAGGAGAACUUACUGAUAAUCCUUUAGAAUAUUAUCAAUAUGUACGUCAUCAACUAACUCAACAGUCUAAUAUGCAAAAUCGUAGUUUAUCUACUCAGGGUAUUCUUAGAAAAAAAUCAAAAAGUAAAAAUAAACAAAAGGGAAAGAAACAUGAAACAAUGUUAAAUAACACAGAUAAAGAAGCAAAUGAAGAAGACAAAGAUACAUGGGAAGAAUUAUUAGAAUUGAGAGAUACGCAUAAUGCAGAUAUAGAAGAGAAGACUCAAGAUCAUCUUGAUAGUGAUAAUUUUUUCUGUAAUUUACCAACUUCUUCGUAUGCUCGUGUUGUGAUUACCGUAGAUUCAGAGGAAAAAAAUUUGUGGUCUAUGGAGGGUGUAUUAGCUCAAUGUCAUAUUGAUGGUGUACUUCGUGGAAACGUUCACUUUCCAUCUUUGUGCCAGACGCAAAUCAAUCGUAAUGAUGCGGCAGAUCAUAAAUGUUGUAGAAGUUGGUCACCAGCUAACUAUGUGGCACUUUUAUCCAAUCGCAGUUCUUGUUUGGGAGUAACAGAAAAUGAUCUGAGCAGAGUAAAAACACUUUUGCAACAAUGCGCUUAUUACUAUCAUAAUCGCCAGUUGACGCCUAACUGUGCAGAAGACUUCAAUUGCCAAAAACAUGUGCCAAACGAAUGCUACAUGAGAAAUGCAGCUUAUCAUUUACUACACUAUCUUUUAGACGUUAAUUUUAUUCCGAGUAAGACGGAUCCCAACAGCAAACAAAAUUCGACAUUGCAUUCAGCAAUGUUAUUUCUUCCAAUUGCGGCAAGCUCUGCAACUUUAGAUUUUUAUAAAGCAAUAGAUAAUAAUGAUUUAAUAUAUGGAAACUUUCGUGUUCAAGGCAUUCAACUUGGUCUAAAAAGUACACUAUUUGAUCGCGAUAUAUUAUCUGAUUCGAGUCUGGUACUCGUCGGUUUUAUCUUUGUUACAUUUUGUAUCUGGGCAUAUACUGGUUCUAUAGUAUUGACUAUAGCAACAUUUUUCGCAGUAGUAUUUAGCCUUGGCAUUUCAUAUGCAAUUUAUACUGUUGUUUUACAUAUUAAAUUUUUCCCAUUUAUGAAUUUAUUGGCCAUUGUUGUAGCCGUAGGUAUUGGAGCAGAUGAUGCAUUUAUUUAUUGUAAGGUAUGGGAAUCUAAGAAAGAACAAAAACUUUCAAAUGACGGAUUAGUACUGUUGGUACAAGAAACAAUGAUACAUGCUUUCCCAGCUAUGUUUGUUACAUCUCUUACGACAGCAGUAGCUUUUUUUGCAUCAAUUGUCAGUAAUGUGACUGCCAUCAAUUGCUUUAGUUUAUUUGCAGGUAUGACAGUCAUUGCAAACUUUUUCUUGAUGAUUACAUGGUUACCUGCGUGUGUGAUUGUGUCAGAACAUUGUAAAUUAUCCACUCUAUCGCCUGUCAACUUUAUUACCAGAAGAAUUAUUCGUCCUUUACGAUCUUUGGGAGAUAAAGUUACAAUAGGAUUUACCACCUUUCUUACUGGAUUAGUGCUUCGAUUACGUUGGUUUUGGUUAUUAAGUUUGGCUAUCAUGGCAUCAGCGUGUUGCAGUAUCGUCUUCCAUUAUCCGGGUUUGCAACUGCCAGAUUAUAUGGAUUUUCAAUUAUUCCAUGAUACACAUCCGUUUGAACAAUAUGAUCUAAUAUAUUCACGGAGAUUUUGGUUUGAACGAUAUGAAAAUGGAGAUGCUGAAGUUUUACCAUUAAGGUUUGUUUGGGGCAUAAAUCCAGUCGAUAAUGGUGAUUACCUUGAUCCUCGUAAACGAGGAAUACCUGACUGGGAUGAUACUUUUAAUAUUUCUCAUCCAAAAUCUCAAAUAGCUUUUAAAAAUUUUUUCAAAUGGCUUGAACAAUUUUGCCGAAAUUUACGGAAACAAUCUUUUUACCGCAGUACUACAGGACCUUUAUUAUCCAAUUGCUUCAUUGAACCAUUACGUUUAUGGAUGAAGAGACAUUGUAAGGAUCCUAUCGAUCCUCAGAUUGAGUAUGUACCAUGUUGCAAAAGCAGUCAAUUUCCUUAUACACCAAGCGUUCUGCAACAAUGUGCAGCUGAAGCUAGUGAUAGAAUACAUCACACGCCUCAUUUAUGGUUUCGGACUGGUCCAAUUUCUGCAGGCCCAAAAUUUGUUAAAGAACCAUUAUUGUCCGCGCAGGCAUCAAAUGAUUCGUUUCCGAGUAAAAUAACACCUAAAAUUAAAGCGCUUAUUGUUGAAUAUGAUAGCACAUAUGCAUAUAGUCUCUCGUUUGGAAAUAUGGAUAAAUUUUUUAAUGAAGUUGAAAAUUGGAUGCAGAAUCAAUUACGAACUGCACCUCGAGGGAUGCGACGCGGAUGGUUUAUCAGCCAUCUAGAAUUUUACGAGCUCCAGCGUACAUUAUAUCAUGGAACUUUAUAUGCGAUGGGAGUAUCGCUAACUUUGGCUCUAAUAGUAUUAGCACUGGUGACCUUAAAUCCUCUUAUUAGCCUGUAUGCAAUUCUAGCUAUUGGUGCUGUAAUAAUUGUAACCGUGGCAAUACUUAUUCUUCUUGGAUGGAAACUAAAUAUUUUAGAAAGUGUUGCAAUCACUACAGCAAUAGGACUUGCUGUGGACUUUAGCUUGCAUUACGCUGUGAGUUAUAAAGCAUGCGUCUCUGAGAAGAAAAUAGACAGAGUAAAAGCGGCAUUACAACAAAUGGGUGGUCCUACUCUUAUGGCAGCAAUUACAAGCGGUGCUGCGGGUGCUUUAAUGUUACCUUCUCAUGUGCUAGCAUAUAUACAAAUCGGUCUUUUUUUAGUGCUUGUCAUGGGAGUAAGUUGGAUAUAUGCAACAUUGUUUUUAUGUCCAAUGUUAGCAGUUAUAGGACCGUCUUCACAAUUUGCUCAGUUUGAAUAUCCCAGACUGAAAAUAUUAUCAAUUUGUUUUCGUAAAUAUGAUGAUAGCGGUGUAGUUGAAACUGACAAGGAUAACAAUCGAGCGAGAAAAGCUUAUAAAGGACGGGGAAUGCUUUCGGAAUCAACUCUAAGCACUUCUAGCUCCGUAUGUCAAUUUCAUUGCAGUGAAUUGGAAACUCUUGCUGCAAGGCCUCCAUCUCCGUCAUUGCCACCAUCUUCUCCAUUAUCAACAUUACUUCGUUAAAACAAUCAGUAUUUAAUUAGAAAUUAUGUGCCAUUUUCUAGGAAUCUCAAUUUGUUAUUUUUUUUUAUCAAUUUUGUAUUUUUUAAAUUAUAUGUAAAAUAAUCAUUUUUGUAUGUUAUUCUAUGCAUUGGUGUGAUAUAUAAUUAAUGUGACUGUUGGCUGUGUUCAAAUAGCUUUAAGGUCAUUACUCAAACAUGUGGUCUAUUGUUUGUUACAUAUAUCUACAAUAUAUACGUACAAUACGCAUAUACACAGUCAAACAGACACACAGACACAUAUACACAGAGGGCUUCCUAAUUAGUACAGAUAUAUGUAUGUAUAGGUGCAAUCAAGAGCAUCUAUAUCAAUUUGGUACGCUCAUACUCGGCAGUUAAUGUAAUAUUUAAGAAGAAUAUCUUUUAUAUAGUUUAUUUAUAUAGUUAAUAGCAUAGCAUAUCUACUUUAUUCUGUGAACAAACAGAAAAAGCUGGUAAAUCAUAUGUCCUAAAGACUGUGAAGCGCACUGAACAGUAUUAAUGCUCUUAAAUGUGCAUACGUACAAUAUUUAUGGCUAUGGAGAAUUAAAUGUUAACUUAACUAAUAAUAAGUAUAAUAUUAACAUCUUUUGUAUAUUCCAUAAGUUUCAGUUAUCAAUUUUUAAAAACGUGUUAUAUAACAUGCAUGAGUGUACCUAAUGUGACAAAUAAUGUUGUUUACAUGGAUUUGAAAUUUCGAUGGUGAUUGAUACGUUUUUUUUUCAUUAAAAUAUAUUCAUGAGUAUCAGUAUUAUAUGAAAAUUA